AUGCCGCUUGUCAGCCCAAGAGUCAGCGGCACCGGGGGCCCUUCAGGGGCCCCCUCUGGAAGGGGCCCCUCGGGUAAGACUUACAAGAUACUAGAGCAGCCGAAUUCUUCUGGCUCUGCCCCCGCCAAAAGGGGGAAUGGAGGUGGUGGAACCGGCAAGGUUGCCAUUGCGAAAGAGCAAACUGGCCAGAAAGGCAAGGAAAAUGGAAGCAACAGAGGUGCGACGCUUUCAAAAGGGUACUCUCCCAAGAAAGAAUCACAUCUCGCUGCGCAUCGUACGCAGCAAGAAAAGGCCAAUGGGAAAGCUGUGCAGAUGGACGGGAAAACAGCCCAUGAGCGUCCGAAAGUCGAAUAUUUCAAGGUGCCUGUGGCUCAACCACCCGAAAGGAAGGCAUCAGGCCCACGCACAAGGCCCCCUUCCUGUGAAAACUCCGCCGAUUCAUCUCCACUAGGCGACAAAGAUACAAGUGUGCCGGCAGAACUACAGCAAACUCAGGAGAAUGAGGGUUUUAAAUGGCGAACAGCUGCACCGAGCAACGCAGACGCACCACAAGAUGCAGGAGCAGACGUUCCCGAAAUGCUUCGACUCGCCGCCUCCUCUGCUGAAGCCCCCAGAGACGAGGUGCUAAAAGCGAAGCGGCCGAUACGGCGGGCUGAGCCUCCUCCUGCCCCUCGUGUAAAACAUCCUACAGACAUCUUAGAGACACCUGAGCUGCAAAAGCUCCUUUUAGAAAACAAAAGACUUUCGGAUGCAAAAGUGGGCGCUUCCAAGUGGACGGUGCAACCCAACCUCUACAAAAAGGACUUUUUGAUGAUAUCCACACCGGAAGAGAAAAGAAAAUGGCAGCCGCGAAAGAUCUCAGAGGCCGAAGAAGCACGAGAAGACUCAGCUGUUGGGAAGUUUGCGAAGAGUAGACUGUCCAGGCACAUGGGAGCAGCUUUUGUGUGUUUUGCUGCCAAUUGUCGCAGACGAGACUUGGGUAACGCCGAGCGUGAGGCUGGAGCAGCUUCUUCGGUGACCAAUGCUGCGCCACGCGAAGCAGAGCUUACAUUGCCUCAAGCAGGUCUAUUAAGCGCCUCGGAUGCACUUCGCGUACAUCGCCUACGCACAGAAGAGGCGAUGGACACGUAUUUGAUAGAGAACGUCAAUGCCUCCGAGGCAUGGAAACACCGAGAGGGCCUUCACUCCGAGCUACGGCAUUGUCCUCCAUACACUGAACAGACGGGGACGGAUGUGCUGGGAGACACGUUGCUCGCACAGAGGAAGACACCUUCGAAGAAGAUAGGAGUCCUAAGAAUCGAGUCUAUAGAUGAAGAGGGCUUCCUUGAUCCUUACGAUGCAAACGCGAGUCAAGAAGACCCGCUUCCUUUUCCAAUUGGUGGAAAUAAUGAGCAAACCGAGCUCGUCGCGUUGCGCAAUAUUAACCAAGCGGCGCAGACGAUGCGAAAGGGACUCCAAGAUCGUUUUCCUUAUUUAGAUAUUUCCUGGUCGCGCCAACCGUCUUUCGAUGCCGACAAUGUGGAUUCCGUCUUCGUCUUGCAACCCGAAAACCAAUACGCAGAUCAACCCAUCACAGAUUCGUUCUUCGAGUCUCAUGAACGCCUAAGGAUGGCCGCAACGCGAGUUGCGCAGUGUGUUGAAAGCAAAGACACGACAAAGCGCGAAGUCGUGAGAAUGGAGAGAGACAUCAACGUGAUGUACCAACAGGAUGAAAAUUCUACUGACCUUGGUUCGCGGCAACAAUCUGCUCGCUGGGAUAUUUUUUGUGGACUCCAUCAUUCCCAGGGCGUAGAUUGGGGGCAUCAAGAGCAGCAGGAGACAAAAGACACGCUCUACAGACACCCGGAUAAAGUGCUUGCGAUUUGGAACCAAAGGAAUCGCACUUACAAGGAACUUGAAGAUGAAGAGGACAGAGAAAGACACAUGAUGGUCAAGCAGAUCGUUCAUGAAAUAUUUACUCAGUUCGGCGGCAACUGGUCCAACAGGGUAAGCCACGCGCAACGCAAUUCCAUCGCUUGGUCCUCCCUUUUGUUGUCUGUGCAUUGGCUUGCUUAUUUAAUCCUCGAUGCUAUCUUUUUUGUUUGUGUCUUCCCAUCCGUUUAGUUGCCGGCAACUUCGGUAUUUGCUCGACUGCUGCGCAAGCCCGAGCUGCAGUCGCUACGAACUGAGGUGCCGAACCCCCAAGCUAUUAUCUUUCGAUAUCUGAUGUCUCCUAACGAGACUACACAGCUUGUGCACUCCUUGUUUGUUCCUCUAAUCAUGGAACGGUUUUACCUUUUUGACAUGCGGUAUGCCGAAACAUCCAUGAUGAAGAUUGAAGAAGCUAGCUCCUUAUCCGACUGGUGUUUGGCUACAAGGGCUCUCUCCCGCAUGGGAAGAAUUGCGAACUACGUAUUGACCGCCAUUUUAGAGUCGCGGAUUCCUGGUCUCCUCCGCCUACUCUUUCGUUUGAACGCUUUGGAGUUUUUCGAGUAUAGGAUUAGCUAUAUGAUGCACAUGCUUUCUUGGCGGGGACAGGACAACUACGAGUCCAAGCUGCAGGACGCCCGGCAAACAGAGCAAAUAAUCAAAAACCUUUGCACGCGAGGAAGAGCGACAGCGAAAUCGGCCCGCUCUUCCGAACGUGGGAAAACAGAUGAUGCUGAGGCAAGACGCAAAAAAGGCGAUGCACAAAAAGGCGUCUCUACGCCUCAGUCGUGUUCUUCUCCCUCUCCAUCACCUUCAUCACGUAGUCAACCACCCAGCAUGAGCCCCCAAGAGAGAGAACUUCUACUGCGUCGCUCCAAAGACCAGCUGUACGUGGUCUUGAACAACUCAACGUCCUGCAUGGCCAUGCAGUACAACAUCGAAGGCAUCUGUAAACUUAUGCCUUUCCUUACUGAAUACACCGCAAAUAUGGAAAAGAAAGAAACAAUUUGUGGGAGACUUUUGGACUCAUUCGUCACUAAGGCAUUCCUCUCCGCUCUUGCGGAAAAGCAGGUCCCCGAGUCUCCCCAGGCUGUUGGACUUGUGACGAGAUUUGUGGAAAUGCUGACGGAGACACUUUAUGCCAUGAGGGCCCCAAAUAUGAUGGAGCGUCUAAAUAUGAAUCAACAUCCCUCCCUCCCAAAUGUGUGCCUCUGGGACUGCCUUGUGAAGGCUCUUCACCCCCGCAUCAACAUAUUUCUCUGUCGUUCCCUCCUGUGCUUCAUUGCUGAUCUCAUGUACAUGACCUGCCUUGACGAGGCCCCCUUUCUUUUAAAGACUGCGCAGCAGAUCCUGGACGCACUCGAUACAGUCGUAUUGCCCACAGUCAGAGACAAAAAACCAACCCUAGCCACAGAUGUCACGUGGGAUUUUUGCUGGGAAGCUGCUGUCUGUCUCCGCGACGCUUUUAAGAAGACCACCAUCAGCACAAAUAUAAACCCAAAUACUCUGUAUCCGUACACUUUGGUUUAUCGUUGCGGUCUUCGAGCGGGCGGCCCCUGGCCAUCUCUGUGGCAGAGCGCAUGGGAGCCUCCGUACCACCAAUGGAUUUCAUCUUCUUCCUUGCUCGAACCAGAACCAACUUCACAGCCAGAAAGAAAGGGUUCAUUUGUUUCCACCAGCAGCAAGAUGCUUACACAAUCGACUUCAGCGUUAAGGUCUAGCAUGAAAGGCUCACGGCCUCUAAGCCACUCGACUCGGCAUUCGCACAUCCGCUUCGAAACAGCCACCCAACACAAACCACCAUCGGUGCCUUUUUCUCCAAGACCUCCUACUGCUCCAGCUGCUGCCAAGGUUCCCGGCUUUCAGCCGUCCUCUGCCGAUGCUGCAGGAGUGGCAACAGAAACACCUGCACAAAUAAGGGAUGCCAAAGUGAUAUCGAGGGCUGAAACAAAAAAAGAGGCUCAAAUUGACGCAACGCCUCCACACACACUCUGGAAAGGCUUUGUUAUUCCGUGUUGGUUACCCGGAUGUAAAAAUGUCCGAACUCAGGGAUUUCCGCCUGCGGGGGCUGCAGCGAAAAUGCAAUACUGCCCUGAAGGUGCUUUACGCGGCAGUGCAGAAGGUUGGGAUUGUUCGUUGCUAGCGGUUUGUUUUACUGAAAUACGAAAUAGAAAUAAAACUAGAAAAAUUCAUGCUACGCUUGCGGCCAUCGCAUGCUCUUGUGGUGUGAUUGUGACCUUCAUUAGGUGCGGAGUCGCUUCCUAUUGCAGUAGCAAAUGCCAAAAGCUGCACUAUCUUGGAGGACAUUCGCAGGUUUGUUGUUACUUCAAGCGGCCUCCAACAUUCCUUCGUUUCCACAUGCUAAAAGGCCAGAUCCCUCGGCAGAUGGAAUACCCUGCUUUUCAAGUUUUCUAUGGCCUCUGCGAUUUCAACUUUACUCUAAAUGUUAAGCAGGAAGACUUUAAUAUCGUUUUCUGA